AUGCCUCGUUCAGAAGAAGCUGCUGCAUGGACCUAUGCUGUAUAUAACGCAGUACGAGAAGUCCCUCAUGGCAAAGUGACAUCUUACGGCCACAUAGCUCGCCUGCUUGGAAAGCCUGAAUGUCCAAGACAAGUUGGAGUAUCUUUAAAGGCGCUUCUCUCUGCUACAGCCCAGCCAGACGCUCACUACAACAAUUCCAAUGUGCCAUGGCAGAGGAUUAUCAACGCUAAAGGCGGCAUCAGUCCAAGAGGCGCAAACGGAGCAAGUCAACAAGCGACCGCCUUGGAGGCUGAAGGGGUACAAGUAACUCGAGGAGCACUCGGCGAGUACACAAUCGACUUCACGACCUACGGAUGGUUUCCGGACAGGCUUCCAAGCGACCUCAGCAGCGAGGAAGAAGACGAAGAAUGA